AUGCUGUGCGAAAGACGUCUGAGCGCAUCCGUUUUCGAUGGAGCGUUUUUGGACCGUCUGCUUGAGGUUGCAACUUCGAAAGAGAAGCGAGGGGCGAGUUUGAGGAAAGACGACGACGUUUGGCAGGGCGUUCGACGCCAUUGUGGACAGAGCGAAGAAUGCGAGUUGACAUGUUGCUGCCCACAGCGUAGAGAUGGUAGGUAUCUUCCAGAUAGACUCGGUGUUUUCUCUUUGGGACGGCUGGCUUGGCCAGUGAAGGGUCACUGUGGAAAAUUUAGAGAAGACGUGAUUGAAGGAAUGAGGCCAAGCUCGGUCGCUGGGAGAAAAGAGGGGAAGGCGGGAUGCGGAAUGAUCAUGGGCUUGCGGAGUUGUCAGUCCUGCAGUCUUGAAUACACGUUGAAAUUUGGAACUGUCCGGUCUGCAUCAAACGUACCAUGCGUACCCAAACCAAGCAUUAAUUUCGAUUCUGAUUUCAGAACACUUUCAAAAGUGCUGUAG